AUGGCAGACAUGAGCGCCGCCGUCACCGCGCAGGUCCAGCUCCGCGACGAGGAGCACCACCACCACCAAGACCGCCUCCGCCACGCCUUCCUCGCCGUCGAGCAUGCCUCACGCGAGGUCGGACGUGCCGGCAACGCCUUCGACAUAGCCCGGCGCGACCUCGACAUGGCCCUCGAGCAACAGAACAUCACCAUCGCGGCGCUGAAGACACUUCUGGACGCCGAUGGGGUUGAGGUGCAGCCGGUACAUCUUGACGAACCCGAGGUCCCUACGCGCGAGCGAGACUCCUACCUCCCGCAGCUCUUCGGUAUGCUUUCGAAUUUCAGCAUCUUUAUGGUUCUACAUGUCGCCCACACGUUCAUUCUUCUCGGCUACUUCCUCACGCAGGGAUGCUUCAAUUUCUUCAAACAUCUUCGAAAUGUCUGA